CCACUUGAUGGCUGAGUUGCUGUUGUUCCCAAACUCUUCACUUUUUUUGUAAUAAAGUUAACUUUGGAAUAAUUAGGAGCGAGGACACGCAGUUCCACGCUGGAAAUCACUGAGAGCGGCCCAUUCUUUCACAAAAUGUUUGUAGAAACCAUCUCUAUGCCUAAGUGCUUGAUUUUAUAAGUGAUUAGAACACCUGAUUCUCAUCAUUUGGAUGGGUGGCCAAAUACUUUUGGCAAUAUAGUGGGUGUAUAUAUUCUCACGUGCUUCGCUGCACUUCUGUUUGUUUUCUGUCGGGUUAAAAAUGUUGCUUUUGUAGAAGGAAGAACAAGGAGAGGAUAUUGCGCGUGAAAAUAAAGCCAACCGACCACAGCUCUGCAGUCCUGGUUACCGAUGAUGUGAGGUGGGACUAUUUUGGAGGUGCACGUCAAGGUUGGCUGAUGAAAGCUCGUCAAGAAGAACGUCCUCUUCAGCAGCAGGAGGAUCCACAGCCCCCCCACAUUAAAGAGGAAGAGGAGGAUCUCUGGGUUACUCAGGAGGAAGAGUUUCUUCCAAGGCAGGAAGAGACUGAUCUCAGCAAGUUUCCACUGACUGUUGUCUCUGUGAAGACUGAAGAGCAUGAAGACAAACCACCUGAGUCCUCACAGCUUCAUCACAGUCCAAACGUCUGUGAAAAAUAUCGUCCACCUGAGCAGCAGGAAGGGUCCUCUAGUAUGGAGCAAAAGAGGUCACAGCACCUCCAUGUGAAAGAAGAGGAGCCACAGCCCCCCCACUUUAAAGUCGAAGAAAAACAGCGGCUGUCCCCCCACUUCAUAGAGAACGACAAGAGAUACCCCAUCAGUGUGAAGAGUGAAGAUGAUGAGGUCAAAGGUGAAAGUGAGGAGAGGGAAGGGGGGGAGCCUCCAAGCAGCAGCUCAACACAACACAUGACAACAGAAGCUGAUGGAGACCACUGUGGAGGAUCACAAGCAGACAAGCUCUUAGCUCCACUAUCAGAUAGUGAGGACACAACGUCACACUCUCCUGACACUGAUGAUGAAGACUCUAAAGAUGAUAAGACAUGUCAAACUGACAACACACACUUCACAUGUUCUUACUGCGACAAAACUUUUAAAGACCGUAGUAAUCUGAAAAGGCACAUAAGUACACACACCGGAGAGAAACCUUUUUCCUGCUCAGAAUGUGGUAGAGGUUUUAGACUAAAACACAUGCUGAAAUUACACAUGAGAACACACACUGGAGAAAAACCUUUUUUAUGUUCAAUCUGCGGUAAAGAUUUUACUCAAAAGCACCAUUUGAAAACACACUUGAGAAUACACACAGGAAGUAAACCUUUUGCGUGUUCAAACUGCGGUAAAGAUUUUACUCACAGGCACGAUUUGAAAAUACACAUGAGAAUACACACUGGAGAAAAACCAUUUUCCUGCUCAGAAUGUGAUAAAAGUUUCUCAAUAAAUCAAAGUUUAAAAGUACACAUGAGAACACACACGGGAGAAAAACCUUUUUCAUGUUCAAUCUGCGGUAAAGAUUUUACUCAAAAGCACAGUUUCAAAGCACAUAUGAGAAUACACACUGGAGAAAAACCUUUUAUUUGUUCAGUAUGUGGUAAAAGUUAUAUAGAAAAACAGCAAUUAAAAUCGCACAUGAGAACGCACUCUGGUGAAAAACCAUACUCCUGUUCGAGCUGCAACAAAAGCUUUCGUCACCGACAAUCUAAUAAAGUACACAUGAGAACACACACAAGAGAGAAAGUGUUGAGUUGCAGUGUGUGUGGUGAAAGAUUCUCUUCUAAGUACCAGUGUAAGAAACACAAGUGUGCUGGUGAGAACAGCAGCAGCAAAUGAAACAGCAGGAUUUGAAAUAUACUGUCAAACCUUUAACUUUGACUUUCUAACAACAUCAGCACAUAUAACGUGUGACAUCAUUGUUGUGUAACACAAUCGUGUUAUAAUGAUUCUAACAUUUAUAGAUUAGACACUUUAGAUUUGUGCUUUUAUUUCAGUCAAGUACAUGAGUUAAUAUACACAUUUGUGUACUUUAAAAUGAACGGAACAAUUUGACUGUAAGGGUGAAAAUAAACAGUACAUCAAAUAUGUUACAUACAAUUAACAUUGUAUGUGUAGAUAUUCAUAAUUCAUUCUUAUACUUAUUCAGAAUAGUGUUUUAUGUAUGUUUUUGAAAUAAUGAAGUGUUACAUAUUUUAUUUUUGUAAUUGUAGAUAAUUCCAUUUAUGAACUCCUUUAUAUGAUGUACAUAUUUGUUUUACAUGUGUUCAUACCUUUGCUUUUGAGUACAUGUAAAUCCCUCUUAGUUCAUAUUUACUGGUUCACAUCUGAAACAUCUUCUGGACCACUUCUGGAAGCAUAUUAUUAUUUACUUUAUACAUCAUUUGAGCAGUUGUCUUUUAUACAAAAACAUUUACUUUGAAAAUGUGUGACUUUAUUAAUCAUUUGUUGCUUGUCAAUAAUCCAUUGUAUUAAUCAUCUUUAUUACUUUCUUGUGUAAUAUGAAUAUUGUUGUGUGAUUGUUUUAUACGUAUGUCCCAAUACCUUUAUGCAAUAAACAAUGUAGGCUUCAACUAAAGUUGGGUACAAUAAUUGUAGUUAAUAUUUGUAAGUAUGUAUUUUAUUGUAGUUAGUAUUGCACUCCAUUUUUUUGUGUUUUCUUUAUGACUUACAUGUAGUGUCCAGUUUACUUCAUCAUCUAUAUUAACUCCUAAAAAUGUGAUUACCUUUAGUCUUUUCAUUUCAAUAU